GCGGGCGAGCUGCGGGAAGCUCAGCCUGACUACAAGUACCAGGAGCCUCCGGGCUCUCAGUUUGACUACAAGUCCCAGGAGCCUUCGGGCGCGCAGGCAGUUUGCUAGUGCCCGGGGCCGUUGGUCACACGGGGGCGGCGUCCCUGCAGAAGCCGCGGGCUAAGGGGUUUCGAAAGGUAGGAAGACCCCCCCUACCCGUCUCCACAUCCCAAACAAGCCUCGGUGCUUGGCUUCGGAGCUUCCUAGAGCCAUCUGCCCCAGCCAACAGCUGCAAGACCUUCACCUGCCUCCAUUCUCUGAGCACCAGGAUCUGAGGAGCAUCAGUGAACAUGUCUAAUGAACCACCCCCUCCUUAUCCUGGGGGCCCUACAGCCCCCCUUCUGGAAGAGAAAAGUGGAGCUCCACCUACUCCAGGCCGCACCUCCCCAGCUGUGAUGCAGCCUCCACCAGGCAUGCCACUGCCCCCUGCAGACAUUGGCCCGCCACCCUAUGAGCCACCAGGCCACCCAAUGUCCCAGCCUGGUUUCAUUCCCCCACAUGUGGGUUCAGAUGGCGCCUAUAUGCCUCCUGGUUUCUACCCUCCUCCAGGCCCUCAUCCACCCAUGGGCUACUACCCACCAGGACCCUACCCUCCAGGGCCCUAUGCCGGUCCUGGAGGCCACACAGCCACUGUCUUGGUCCCUUCAGGGGCAGCCACCACAGUGACAGUGCUACAGGGAGAGAUCUUUGAAGGUGCACCAGUACAAACGGUGUGUCCUCACUGCCAGCAGGCCAUCACCACCAAGAUCUCCUAUGAGAUUGGCCUGAUGAAUUUUGUGCUUGGUUUCUUCUGUUGCUUCAUGGGGUGUGACCUGGGCUGCUGCUUGAUCCCUUGCCUCAUCAAUGAUUUCAAGGAUGUGACACACACAUGCCCCAGCUGCAAAGCCUACAUCUACACGUACAAGCGCUUGUGCUAACGGAGCAAGGCUUGGACUCCCCCACCUAUCAGUCUGGCCCCCUGUGCUUUGCUCCCCAUGCUCAGUGGUUGCUUCCCCACUCCCAUACCCUGGGUUUGGAAGCUGUGCCACCAUCCCUAGAAAUCCUGUCCUCACCUUGCCCUACCCUGAGCAUCUGACUCUUCCAACAAAAAAUGUUGGAUUUAAGGCCCAAAGGCCAGUGGGUAGCAGAGGGGCGGCACUGAACUUGUGCGUUGCUGGUUGCUUGGCAUUUGUGAUCUAGAAGAUAAGCUGGGAAGGCUCUCCUACAGGGGUCUUUAUUCCUCCAUUUCCGUCCAAGGUCUAGUCUCCAUCCUGGCUUUCCCUGGGACCAAAAGCAACUAGAGCAGUAGUGGGUCCCAGUCUGAGGGCUGUGCCUGAAACCACAGUUGUUUCUGAUAUGUUGGGCCUAGAGUGGGCAUUGUCUAGAGCUGGGUGGACCCAAGUGAGACAGGGUCAUAAGGCCUGGGUUUGCUAUAAGACAUUUUACCCGUGGGGUACUACAGGCAAGAUGUAACAGAAGUAGUGAUAGCCAAUCCUGGCCCUCAGAACUCUCAGGUAUGGAAACCCAGAUCUCUAACUCCUGUCCAAGUGCCCAAAAGCUGCCUGGUGCAAGGCAGAGAGGAUGCUGGGCAAAUCGUAGCCUUGGUAGCCAAGAAGGAGGACUCUCCCUUGCCCCUGGCAGCUUCAAACUGGUGUGCAGACCCCCUUUCUGGCCACACUUGUGAACCCCUAUAUUUUCUGGGGCCAAAAGGAAUACUCAUGAGCCUAGCAUCUCCUGUCUACCCUCUGUCCUCACUGUAUGUGGGUGUGACCUCUGGUGGCUGCUAUGUCCCAUCUGGGACAGAUAGCAGGUUCACUGGGAUAUGCAACACCCUCUCCAUUGGCUCACUUCCAGGAAGCACCGGGCCCUCCUUUGCCUGUGCUGCUGCUGUGUUGGCCCCUGCACUGGACUGGGGACCAGGAAGAGCAGCUGAGUAGUGAGGGUACUCUGGUGGACACCAGCCCUGUUGGGGUGCAAGCCCAGACCUGUCUUUACUUCCCGAAUGGUUGGUAUAUGGACGCUAUAUCCUGUUGCUGUCCCUCUCCUGGUCUCGCACUGCCAUUGCAUGGCCUCUUGUCACUGUGAAUUGUGGCCUGGUCUCAGUUUGUAGUUCCUCAUUAAAUUGGCCCUUUCACUCCCCUGGCCCGGGCCUCUGCUCUCUUGCCUGGCUUCCUUCUUUCUGAGGGAGAAAGGGUGGGGCUACAGUAGUCUUAAUUCAGGCAGGGGUUGAGCUGAACUACUGGGGACAAUAUUAAUAUUUAAGGACCUAAUUGUGGUAAACCAGAGUCAGAUAUAGACCAAUCCCAGGGAAAUCCAGCAGUAACUAGUCAGCACUGCAGUUGGUUUCAGCACUGGCUGUAAAGCCCUCUUAGUCCUUCUGAUACUGGUUCUAGCCAUCUAUACUCCUUGGUAUCUGCCACAAAGGACCUGUAAAUUGGAGACCCCUUUCCCUCCAAGUUUUGGCUUGCCUUCCUUCUACCUUGUAGAUGUUGCUCUUAGUCCUUUAGCAGGAUAGAGCCACUGAGCCGAGGCUUAUGGGGUGCAGUCUUGGACACCCAGGUUCUAAACUGUGAAUGUGAUAGACUCAGUCUAUAGUUUUCCCACCAUUUGAGAACCUUUUUUUGAAUAAAACUUUUAAAACAAUA